UGGGGACUCAGACCGGGGGCUUGUUUCCAGCAGGUGACGACAGAGGGGUUGUAUGAGGAGUGUGAUUCCCAAACUAAACAGAGAGGGAGAAGGCACUCUAUCACUUGGAUGUGUAUGGUUUGAACUGCGUGAGCAGGCAAGACAAACAGAUCAAGGAUGAUUACCUGGUGAAUCCAGCAUUGCUAACGUUCGCACUCGGAAGUCUUUCAGCUGCCUGAGCCUCUCAUUGGACCGUGACUGGAAGAGCCGGGCAGGACAGUUUGAUUCUCUUCAGAGGUUCCCUGGAAAACCUGAUCCGGAUGGGGGAGAGCACCUGAGACGCCGUCUUUGUCCCGAGGAACCGACAGCAGCGGGUGGAGAAGGAGAAGGAGAAGGAGGAAGAGGAAGAGGAAGAGGAGGAGGACGAGGACAGCGAGAGGAAGCAUGACGUCCAACCGGGGCCAGAACCCCCACGGGCUGAAGCAGAUCGGACUGGACCAGAUCUGGGACGACCUGCGGGCCGGCAUCCAGCAGGUGUACACCCGCCAGAGCAUGGCCAAGUCGCGCUACAUGGAACUCUACACACAUGUUUAUAAUUACUGUACAAGUGUCCACCAGUCCAACCAGGCCCGUGGCGCCGGCGUCCCGGCCUCCAAGCCCUCCAAGAAGACGCCGACGCCGGGGGGAGCCCAGUUCGUGGGCCUGGAGCUCUACAAGAGGCUGAAGGAGUUCCUGAAGAACUAUCUGACCAACCUGCUCAAGGAUGGUGAGGACCUGAUGGAUGAGAGUGUGCUGAAGUUCUACACGCAGCAGUGGGAGGACUACCGCUUCUCCAGCAAGGUGCUCAACGGCAUCUGUGCCUACCUCAACAGACACUGGGUGCGCCGCGAGUGUGACGAGGGACGCAAGGGCAUCUACGAGAUCUACUCGCUUGCGUUGGUGACAUGGAGAGACUGUUUAUUCAGACCCUUGAACAAGCAGGUGACCAACGCCGUGUUGAAGCUGAUUGAGAAAGAGCGUAAUGGCGAGACCAUCAACACUCGACUCAUCAGCGGAGUCGUCCAGUCUUACGUGGAGCUGGGGCUGAAUGAAGACGACGCCUUUGCGAAGGGGCCCACAUUAUCCGUGUACAAAGAGUACUUUGAGAGCCAGUUCCUGGCAGACACAGAGCGCUUCUACACAAGGGAAAGCACAGAGUUCCUGCAACAAAACCCUGUCACCGAAUACAUGAAAAAGGCUGAGACACGGCUGCUGGAUGAGCAGCGGCGUGUGCAGGUGUACCUCCAUGAGAGCACACAGGAUGAACUGGCACGCAAAUGUGAGCAGGUGCUCAUUGAGAAACACCUGGAGAUCUUCCACACGGAGUUCCAGAACCUUCUGGAUGCCGACAAGAACGAAGAUCUGGGGCGCAUGUACAACCUUGUCUCUCGCAUCACGGACGGCCUGGGAGAGCUGAAGAAGCUUCUGGAAACGCACAUCCACAACCAGGGCCUCGCCGCCAUCGAGAAGUGUGGGGACGCUGCCCUCAACGAUCCCAAAAUGUAUGUGCAAACAAUAUUGGACGUGCACAAGAAAUACAACGCCCUGGUGAUGUCAGCGUUUAACAACGACGCAGGCUUUGUGGCGGCACUGGACAAGGCAUGUGGGAGGUUCAUUAAUAACAACGCUGUUACCAGGAUGGCUCAGUCCUCCAGUAAAUCUCCAGAGCUGCUGGCCAGAUACUGUGACUCUCUGCUCAAGAAGAGCUCCAAGAAUCCUGAAGAGGCUGAACUGGAGGACACACUGAACCAAGUGAUGGUGGUGUUCAAGUACAUCGAGGACAAAGAUGUGUUCCAGAAGUUCUACGCCAAGAUGCUGGCCAAGCGCCUCGUGCACCAGAACAGCGCCAGCGACGACGCCGAGGCCAGCAUGAUCUCCAAGCUCAAGCAAGCGUGUGGCUUUGAGUACACCUCCAAGCUGCAGCGCAUGUUCCAGGACAUCGGGGUCAGCAAGGACCUCAAUGAGCAGUUUAAGAAGCAUCUGACAAACUCGGAGCCGCUAGACUUGGACUUCAGCAUCCAGGUGCUCAGCUCUGGCUCCUGGCCUUUCCAGCAGUCCUGCACUUUCGCUUUACCGUCCGAGCUGGAACGAAGUUACCAAAGAUUCACAGCCUUCUACGCCAGUAGACACAGCGGGCGCAAGUUGACGUGGCUCUACCACCUGUCGAAGGGAGAGCUCGUCACCAACUGCUUCAAGAACAGAUACACCCUGCAGGCCUCCACAUUCCAAAUGGCCCUCCUCCUGCAGUUCAACACCGAGGACACCUACACCGUCCAGCAGCUCACCGACAGCACACAGAUCAAAACGGACAUUUUGGUGCAAGUUUUGCAAAUCCUCCUCAAGUCCAAAUUGCUGGUCCUAGAGGACGAGGGUGCCAACGUGGACGAGGUGGACUUCAAGCCUGACACUGUGAUUAAACUGUUCCUGGGAUACAAGAACAAAAAGCUGCGCGUGAACAUCAACGUGCCCAUGAAGACCGAGCAGAAGCAGGAACAGGAGACCACUCACAAGAACAUCGAGGAGGACCGCAAGCUCCUCAUCCAGGCUGCUAUCGUCCGAAUCAUGAAGAUGAGAAAGCUUCUGAAGCAUCAGCAGCUGCUGGCGGAGGUGCUGAAUCAACUGUCCUCACGCUUCAAGCCCCGUGUCCCCGUCAUCAAAAAAUGCAUCGAUAUCUUGAUCGAGAAGGAGUACCUGGAGCGCGUUGACGGAGAAAAGGACACCUACAGCUACUUGGCCUAAAGUUCUCUCGUUUUUCAGUUAAGUUUUCAAAGGAAAACAAAUUAUUCCUGGUGACUUUUUUUUUUUUUUGUUCGAUGUUGCAAGGAAUGUGUGCACAGGUGAGGGAGCUCUGAUCUCUGGAGGAUUUGCGUGUGGAAAUCCUAACCGCUGCUGUUGAUGUCCACAGAGCAGCAGCAAAGCUGGACCUCCCUUUAAGGUAAAGAGGUUUGGGGCCGGGGGUGAAUCCUGCCAGCCUAACCCCCCUGCAGCCCUCUCCCCAACCCUCCCUCCCUCACCAACUGCUCAGGACUACCACACACACACCAGUCGCUCUUCUGUACAUAUGAACGUGGACCCGUGUAACCUCCCACACACACACACGCACCCCUCAAACACACACCUUUACAAUCUGAAACCCGUGUGCUGGGUUGCAUGCUACUGCCUAUCAGUGAAAGGAAAUUAAAAAGAAAAAAGUGAACUCAAUUGGGAAGCGGCCGCCGUGUUCUAGAACUCUUCACGACCGUCGAGUUGGCCGCAGCCACCGCAGAAGAGGAGAAAAAAAAAACGUUGUGAAUUGACAGUUUUUGCAGCACUUCUGAGUCUGAUUUAGGCUGUUAGAAAACCGUAACCUGAAUUUGUUAACUGCUCCAAGGAAACCCCAUUUGUAUAGUGUGGUUCAUUUUUUAUGUGUUAAAUAAUAAAGAAAAACUUUCUGUA